AUGUUUUCCAAAUCUACACGCACACUUUGUGGAUUCCUAUACUUCUGCGUCUUCUCGUCAUUGCUUUGCAUAACCUCCGUACUUUCCUAUGGACGGCAGGAACAAUUAGAUUGGUGUGAUCCGGCACUUUGUCCAAAUGGCAAGUGGCAUGUGGCUUGCAAUCACGAUGGUCGAUUCGGUGAAAAUUGCCCUGAAGACGCGCUACUCUACGAUCUGCGCUCAUAUCGUGCACACAUACUACACGAACACAAUCGGCGACGCAAUUUUGUAGCGCUCGGUGAGUUGCCCGGCUAUUAUCCAGCUGCACGCAUGUCCACCAUGGUGUGGGAUGAAGAGCUCGCAUAUCUGGCGUCUUUGAAUAUAAAAAUGUGCUAUGUGGAACAUGACGACUGCAACAACUCAUUCCGUUAUCCAAGUGUGGGACAAAAUCUCUCCGGUGUCGAUCGGCGACACGAUCUGCCAGCGAAUGUAACGGAUAUUAUAGAUAUGUCGAUGGGUUUAUGGUUUGGCGAAUAUCCACUUAUCGAUAGCAGUUACAUAAGAUCAUUUCGCGUAUCAUCGAAUUUUGAAAAAUAUGGACACUUUGCGGAAAUGAUGAUCGAUCGUAAUACGCACGUCGGCUGCGCAAUGUCCCGUUACACACAUCCCAUCUACCCCUUCCUCUACAUUUACAAUACGGCCUGUAAUUAUGCGAGUAAAUAUGCGCUGGAAACGCCUAUUUAUCGUGUAGGCGAACCCGCCUCGGAAUGUGAAACCGGUCCGAAUCGCGAUUAUCCAGGCCUCUGUUCGACGCGCGAGAAAUUCAAUCCAAAUUAUAAUUAA